AUGUUUGCGGCCGAGCACUCCCGCACGGUAGCAGAGAAAUCCAAACGGUACUCCCAGUUCUUUCGGGAAAUUGAAGGACAGCGAAAGUUCCUCAUGGAGAGCCAUGAGAAAGAGGCCGACAUCAAGAACGGAAAAAUUCGGCAGCAACUGGAAGCGGAAGUGGAAAGGGUCAUCGAAGAGACAUCUGAAAUGCAUAACCAGCUCAAGGAGUUUGAGGACAAGGCUGCGAAAUUAGCUGAAGAGGUGUCCAACCAUGAAGAGCAGCUCCAGCGGUAUAGGAACUCUGACCUCUACAGGCUAAUUUUUCCGGUAGCAAUCAUUGAGCAAUUAAGACUGCUCUCUCCUACCUCGCUAGGGAGUCGAUUAAACCUAUCUAUGGCACCGGAAAGCGCACAGCCUAGGCCAGCAUCGCACACAUUCUUUUCAUUCCUCUUUUCACUUCCAAUUUCGCGUAUUCUACCCUCGCUGAGCUGGCAUGUUUCAUUGUGUCCCUUGCUCAGUGAUUUCAACACACCGGCCAUUCCAAGUGCCCCAAGCGGUAUUGACUCGCCAAUAAACGUACUCAUUCUUGGCCGCCCUUCGAGAAUGAUCGCCACAGGGCAGUAUCCCGCUGGUGCCUACUUAAUGCGUGACGUAUAUCAGUCUCGAUCAAAGGAUCAAAGUGACCCCGACCCUCUACCAUAUUUAGAUUCAUCUCCCCUCUUCCUACUUACAACUCCCGACACCCAUAUACACCACAUUAUAGCCUUUACCCGAAACCUACCUAACUCAUCUUUACGCAAGAAGAACAAAGGCGCCUCUUGGGUUCGUCGUACUUCAUUAUACUCCCUCUGCUCUAGUCACUCGAUAAAUCCAUUAAUUAUUGUGAUAGCCAACGUUGUGCUAUGCUUGUUCCUUAACGUUGCUCUCUGCCCCAAUUCCGAAAUAUCCGGACUGCCUUCAAUUGGCACUGGCACAUCAGGCGGUACAAUGGGUAGCGUCGAUAAGCAUGACCAAGGCGCUAGCUCAGGCAACGAAAGGUGCUUUGACAACCCCACCGAAGAGAGAACAGAGACUCUCAAUUUGACCAGUAAAUACUCUAGCUGGUCUGAGGAGACUCCGGGUGGACACAUUAGAGAUGGCAAGCCCACACACAACUACCAAAAUCGCCAGAAGCCGGGCAAACAAGCCCCUCCUGAAGAUGGUAUUGAAAAAUCAGCUAGCCCGGAUAUCAGCAAAUCUGAUCGCGGUCGGAUCAAAGGCAAUCAUCAUCACUUGCCCCGCAGCCGCAGUCGCGGCGCAAUCUUCCUCAAUACUUUCGCUGCUGACCACGCACUUCUCCAUGAUGACCGGAACUACGGAGGACUCGCUAUAUCACGCGGAAACCUUCCCAAAGAUAUAUCAACAUCCAAUAUAGCAGACAUACGACUAGACGCAUCUGAGAAGGAGGAGAAGGUUAAGGAAUGUGAAGUAAAGCAAGUGACAUUGGUGAAACAAGGGGCGCCAGCAGACAGCCGUGGGCCUCUUAGUCAGCCAGGUUUCCUCCAUGCAGAGGACUCCACUCGUCUACCAUUGGUGAUUCGAUCUAGGUGUAAUGGAAUAAGGAAUGAAAAUGGAACUUCCAGGCAGAGAGAGACUGAGAAUGCCCCGAAUUUCGACUUCAAGGAUCACAGUCGACUCAGCAUGCCCAAUAUGACGCAUCGCAAGGAUGCUGAGCCAAUCAACCAAAUAGGACUGUUCAAAAAUGACUGUCCAUCCAAGCAGCUUGAGUCAGGAAACCCAAAAUGCUCUUCAUCUCUACAUCUCUCACGUCAGUCAGAACUCAAGAAGUCUAAUGAUGAAGACUUACAGCACCAACAGCGUGCUGCUGUAGUUACCCACUAUAUCGAUUUUGACGAAUACAGCCAUCUCGGCCCGGAGGGUCGGGAAUCCCCAGAGCGACUGAAGCUACUUGAAGGGUCGACUACGGGCUUAGUCAAUGCGCUUGUCUUAGUUGAUCAGGUCAAGUUGAACGGCUGUCCUCACAAGUCAUCAUCUCAAGAACAGGACAGUCACCUAGGGUAUUCGAAUGAUGGGAGUGUAGCUGUGGAAGCGAUCGAAAGGCUGAAUGAAAACAACUCUGUAGCAAUUGCACCAAAUCUCGGAGAGAAUAGUAGACCCAGUCCAGAUUUCCUAUCCAACUCUGGCCUCCACAUACAUGUCAACGACCAUUAUCAAGAGGUUGUUGCUCAUAUGACAUUAACGGUAGGGUUUUGCAUGCUUGUACCCUUUGGACAAGAUCGCGAAGCAUUUAAAAAGGCCGCGUAUGAUAGGGCUUGCGAAAAGUUCAAGAAACUGGCUGAAGAAAUUGGGACGGAAAAGAUGAUUAAGGAUUGGAGCUUUGAGGAACGUAUACGAUAUGAGUAG